AUGUCUGACCCGAAUGCGACGCUCAUCGAAUGUCGCACCGAGUACGCGAUUGGGAGUGCCAUCAUCGCUGCGAGGUUCUUCACCAGAUGGAAGACAUUGGGAUGGAGAGGCCUCUACUGGGACGACGCCUUCGCAUUCACCUCGUGGAUCUUUUUCACUUUGAUCUAUGUUAUGGUAGAGUAUCUCAAUGUAAUGGGUGCGCCUAUAGCCAUGUCUCAAGAGCAGCGUGAAGCGCUUCCACCUGCAACGCGAAAGUCGAUGCGGGAGGGCGCAAAGGGAAUGUUCGCCUCUUUCUACUUCUUGAUCUUUCUGGUCUGGGGUUUGAAAGGAUCUCUCAUUAUCCUGUUCCUCCGUUUGACGAGAAGCACCAGGCUCUACUAUUAUGUACAGGCCGUGGCGGGUAUCUCGGUUGCUGCGUGUAUCGCCGCCAUCAUCACGCAGACAACACACUGUUUGCCCUUGAAGAGAAACUGGCAGAUUCUUCCUGACCCAGGCAAGGAGUGUUCAGCUGGCAUUGUGAUCAACAUCGUGAUCGCUGUCGGAAACGUCUUUGUAGAUGCUUUGCUGCUGGUCGUACCUUUGUGGAUGUUGAAAGAUGCGAAGAUCAGCCUCUGGCGCAAAAUUCGCGUGAUCUUUCUCCUCUCUCUCGGUCUCUUCGUUAUGGGGAUGGCGAUCGCUCGCUGUAUCCUAUCUAUCGGCUCUUCGGUUGAGGUCGCUCUGUCCUCAGUAUGGGCACAACGCGAAGCUAUAGUGUCCAUUUUUGCAGUCAACGCACCCGUCAUCAACAGCCUGUUCAGAGCAGAGACGUGGAAGACACGGCACUCUUCCGAUGGCUACGUAUCGAAAGAGUCCAACCGAUCGCGAUCGAACACGAGUACAUUGGAAAAGAUGAAGAAGAAGAAGACUGGCUUCGAGAUCUACAAGAUGACGGAUAUCGAGACGAAGAUGACAGACAUCGAGACAAGCAGCAAGGAGAGCAUGGAGGAGCUGUUCAAGGACCCCAUGCUGUCUCCAGUGCCCUCUCAUUGGAGAUGUUCAGCGCGUGGAGGGAGUCAAGAUGGUCGUCCUGGAAGUAAGAGCAUGGUUUGA